GCGAGCAGCUACUCUCCGCCAGCGCUGAGACAUCGCCGAAUGCAGAAAGGCACCCAGUCAGUCACGACAAAUCAUAUUCUCACAGUUCGUAAACAGUGUUUCCACGGAAAACUUUGAAACCGAACAGUCAAUCGCCGCGAAAUUCGUGUCACGUGAGUUGUUCAGGUCGUUUCCGAAGGGAACGAAAUUGCCCCACUAAUAGUCAAUUAUGCAAAUCAGAGCACUCCACAACUCUGUGGUCGUUAGCCUAUAGGCGCACAGGAAGCAAUAACCCAUCAUCCGCGGUGUAGUAAUAGCUCGCGCAGAAACGAUGGGCAGCAAUCGUCGUCGCCACAAAAGUGCACAAACCGCAAAAUUAUCAUCAUGAUUUGCACAUAGGAAAGUGCCGGAAAAAUAAUACAGACACUGCUGAGUACGGGGGACAGGAAGAAUUAGAGCGAACAAAGCGAAAAUGUUUUUGCUGCCGGUAGUUCUCAUGCUCGGCGGUGGCAGUUUUGCUGAACAUCUCGGCCCUAGUGGGAUUGUCAUAACAAUCCCGAAUGAGGUCACUUCUCGGGAAUCGGUGACAACAGCUCCGCGAACAGCAGCAGCGGCCAGUGACGACGACAGCGACGAAGGAAAAAACUUGAAUUGGUUUGCGAAACCAUCAGAGCAAAGAUUACGAUCCGAUGAUGGGAAACUAUUUCCGACCCUGGCCAACGGUCAUCUCGGCUUCACGGUCUUUGGCGAUGCAAUCUACAUGAACGGGCUGUACAGCGGCUACCGAGGGUUGAGUCACAGAGCCAGGAUAGCGAACGUGGCUAACCUUCAACUGAUGGUGGCAUCGGACUUCGCUGCAACUGCAAACGGUGGGAAUGGAGCGACCACACGGAUGGAUUUCCAGUCGGGCACGUUUUGCGUCGAUUAUCGGGGACCUAAUAAUAGCUACAGGGUACGGCAACUGAUCUAUCCCCAUCAGUUCUACAAUCGUGCGAUCGUCAAUCAAUUCACGAUCGAUCGGCUGACCGAAGAAGAUGACAUCAGAGUCAGCGUGAUCCAGAACAUCACCUCCCCCGGCAGCGAAGACAUUUUGUUCGACUCCAUCGAAACCAUCCUCAUUAACCACGAUGCGGAACGGUGGUUCAACCUGCUGUUACCAUCGCAAUUCCCGACGAGCCAGCAGCAGUGGCGGGAUGAAUAUUCAACAACGAGAGCUAGCCCGAUUCCGUCGUCGUCAUUUCAGGUGCACCGGGCCUGUGGCAGGACGGUGAUGUUGGAGGAUCCAGCGCACCAGCCGAACCAACAGCGACGCGUCUGUGUCUUAUGGAAUCAUGUUCCAGAAGAGCUCACACUGAAACGGUCCGAGCGCACGGUGUCGUACAAAUUUAUAAUGACGGCUGACGAAAGUGCCAGUUUUGCAAGGGAUGAGCUAGCCGAAGUGCUGCUGCUGAAAGAUGAAGAUCUACUUGAACGUCAUACAAAAGUUUGGCGCAGCUUUUGGCGUAAAUUUGACAUUCACGUAGAAGGCAACCCGAGACUACAACAGGUGAUCCUUUCGAGCAUCUUCUAUUUGAUAAGUAACUUUCCAUUGGGUGACCUUAGUCGACUAAAGCCAACUAGAGCUUAUCAAUUUGGUGGCCUUAGUCCAACGGGACUUGGUCGUGGCGGAUCGGAUCUAAACGAUUACGAGGGACAUUCGUUCUGGGAUACGGAGAUUUGGAUGUUCCCGGUGGUGAAUCUAAUUGAAAGCAAAUUUGCACGAAUGUUGGUCGAUUAUAGAUAUCACAGGAUGACGGCAGCUCGAGACAAUGCCCUCACUAGCGGCUAUCAGGGUGUCAGAUACCCCUGGGAAAGCGCCUCAUCGGGCGUUGAAGUCACUCAGCCAUGCUGUCCGGAAGUGGCGGAAUUUCAACAUCAUAUUACAGCCGACAUCAGCCUCGCUUUGCGCCAUUUCUUCGCCAGCACCCAAGAUUUAGAUUGGUUGCAAACGCAAGGAUGUCCCAUGGCACAAGAAAUCGCCAAAUUUUGGGCGAGCCGACUAUCGCCCGAUCCCGUUACAGGGCUGUACGAUAUUGAGGCGGUGAUGGGACCGGAUGAAGAUCAUGAAAAUGUAACCAACAACGCGUACACCAACGUGAUCGCAGCUUAUGCGCUGUAUUUUGGCGAAUUGACGAAAUGUCUGUGCAGUGGAGGGGUUCAGAGCCAGAAUAAUAACAGGGGAUACGAUUUGAAGAGAGCGCCCACCAACCACGACACUGGUGAAAACUGGAGCAAUCUGGCAAGGCAUCUGAAGUUACUCUAUGAUCCUAAGAACGACUAUCAUCCCCAAUUCCAAGGGUACCAGUUGGGGACCAUUAUCAAACAGGCUGAUACUGUGCUUCUAGGGUACCCUUUACAGUACCAAGGAAUGACAGCACACACCAGAAGCAAUGAUUUGCGGUUCUACGAAGCCGUGACUAGGCGAUCUGGUCCUGCCAUGACCUGGGCCAUGCAUGCCAUUAACCAUCUUGAUCUAAACGAAAUUCCACAAGCUUUGAAAAACUUUGAAAAAAGUUACGAGCGUUACGUGAGAGGUCCACAUCUAGUAUGGAAUGAAGUGGAAGUCGGAGAUGUUGGAGCAACUAAUUUUAUCACGGGGGCCGGUGGAUUUCUACAAGCGGUUAUUUAUGGGUUCGGUGGUGUAAGGAUAUUUUUAGACAGCUUGCAAAUAGACAACUCUAAAUUGCCACCCAAUGCAACCAAAUUUAUAAUUAAAGGAUUAAAAUAUUUGGAUACUAGCUUCACUUUGAAAAUCUCGCAGAAUGGCGCAACAUUGAUGGCAACGCAUGUUGGCCGCAGCUUGAGCAUAAAAAUAGGAAACGAGGAAGCACAAAGUAUGCAAACUCAAAAAAUAUAUAACAUAUCUAAUGCCAAAAUAAUUAUUAAAGCGAUUAAUGAUAUAUACAAAUAUUGCCCUAUUCCUAAGGAAAUCAUUACCUCUACAAAGGACAAAGUCGGGCGGCGAGGCUUCUUGACAGCUACAGCUUAGCCACUACAAAAUAAACCUAUUACCAACGAGAAUAACCGCCACCUUGAUUUUUGUUUUGUCAGUGAUCAUGUUUCUGCUACAUCAGUAGUGAUGGCUCCAUCUCAUCUAGUGGAAUGAGUAGAACAUCACCAACAAUUGAUCACCAUGAUCGUUCGCACCUUGGCUAGCGCUUGUCCUCGUCUCAUACGACUUCCACAAAGCUGAUCAUCGCAGACCUCUUCUGACUAAAUAUUAUGAAAGAUGUUGAUACCGCAGUUCAAACAUUUUCCAACGUUUUUGGUUAUAUUAUUGACAGGCGCGUCGCGAAGAAAGUUCAUCAUCAACAAACCGGCAAUCUUUGGCAAACGAGCACGAUGCGACGGCUGAUGUCCACUAAGAGAGCUGCUCUGCGAAACUUUACCAAGUAUCGCACAUUUACUUCUACGUCAGGAGUACCCCAGGGAAGUCACUUGGAACCGCUGUUGUUUCUUCUUUAAUUUAACGACGUCCAUCUUGUUCUGAAGACUCCUUCGCCUGUCCUUCGCAGACGGUCUCAAGAUGUUUCUUCUCAUCGGCUCUACUGAAGAUUAUAAAUUAUUCCACCGACAGACUUUUACUGCCUGGUGUAACACAAACCGCAAGUGUGUAAAUCCAAAGAAGUGUUCAGUGAUAUCGUUCUCACGAAAAAAAGACCCGGUUUAUUUUACCUACCGUCUACUGGAUACUAAAGUUGAACGCGUUUGUCAGGUGAAGGAUCUAGGAGUGAUACUAGAUUCGUAACUUACAUUUAAACAGCAAGUCUCCUAUACAGUUAGCAUAGCAUCGCGAAUGUUGGGAUGCUUCUUAAGAAUAGCCACAAAUUUUACGGAUAAUUAUUGUCUCAAAUCGCUGUUCUGCUCUUUGUCCCGGUUAAUUCUGGACCUACUGUUGUGAUAACAACAGUGGUCCAGAAUGCAAAUUUAGCGGGAAUUUUGAGAUUUUAGUAAAACUAAACAACUUAGCCUUAUCAAGUUAUUGGAGAGGUUAACCGGACCCCCCCCAAUUUUUGAACUUCCUGACAAAUUUUAAAAUAGUUAUAUUAAAUUCGUUCAAAAUCAUUCCAAACCAGAUUUGACAACCAAAACUGAUUUUAAUUAAAUGAGGUUAUUACAUAUCACAUACAAUGUACAAUGAACAUUUCAAAAUCAAAGUUUCGGACUCCCUCCGAAAUUUUUUUCUGUAAGAGUUAUAAUUGAGCGAAAAAUUACGGAUACGAUAUUUUUUUAAAUUUCAUAAAAUUGAUUUCGAGAAAUCUAUUUUUGAUAUAUUAAGUGCUUAUAUCUUGUGAAUAAUAGAAACUAGAGUUUUGAUGUGUUAGAAGAAAAUGUGCGUCUUCAAAAACUCUGAAAACAUCUGAAGGAUAGGUUGGAAAAAAUGAAAACUGAAAAAGUUUUAUUAAAAAUUUGGUUUUUCAUGAAUUAACUCUUUUGUUAUAUGUUUAAAUAACUUUCUUGAUAGACAAUAUAAAAAAAUAUAGUUUUGUUUUCAUGAUAAAAUUUUGCACUUUGCAAGACUUCUCUAUUAUUUUAAAUAGUGAGUAGGGUGUCUCUAAUAUUUUUAAAUCAGAAAUUUAACUUUUUAAUGGUUCGAGAUAGAGUUUCGCCGUCUUCCAGAAAAUUGAAGAGAAUUAAUUUUUAAAAAACUUUGUCGAAGACGCUGAAACUCUAUGUCAUGUACUUUUCGUUUGACAACACAUUUACCAAAAAAUAGGGUGUUUCUUGAAAUGGUUUUCUUUAUAUUUUUGAUUUUUCAUUAAGAUCACUUUAGAAAUACUUUCAGAUGUUUUGGAGGACAACAAUUUGUCUCAAUAUACCGAAACUCUAGCUACU